GUCCUCUGCAUCUUACGUCCUCCUCACGUCCUCCACCUCGUUCUAGCCACACCCGCAACUAAAUCAUUCUCGCAUAGCUAUGGGUAACGCACCGUCCGGACUUCCUGGUGGCCCACCGGGAGCCAACCCACCUCAGCAGAACCAGAAGAAAGACGAGCAACAACAACAGAAGAAGAAAUGGGAGCCCCCUCUACCCACUCGUGUUGGAAAGAAGAAGAAAAAGGGUCCGGCUUCCGCCUCUAAGCUUCCCCAGGUCUUCCCAACGACUCGUUGCAGACUGAAACUACUCAAGAUGGACCGUAUCAAGGAUUUUCUGCUUUUGGAGGAAGAGUUCAUCCAGAACCAGGAGCGUCUGAAACCGGAGACUAGAGAGGACAAGAAUGAGGAGGACAGGACAAAGGUGGAUGAUUUGCGAGGCAGCCCAAUGGCGGUUGGUACUCUGGAGGAAAUCAUUGACGAUGAUCAUGCUAUCAUCUCGUCUGCUUCUGGUCCGGAGUACUAUGUGUCCAUCAUGAGCUUCGUCGACAAGGACCUACUGGAACCAGGCUGCUCCGUACUGUUGCACCACAAGAACCAGUCUAUUGUCGGUGUUUUGCAAGACGACACAGAUCCCAUGGUCAGCGUCAUGAAGCUCGACAAGGCACCAACGGAGAGUUACGCGGAUAUUGGUGGUCUUGAUCAACAAAUUCAAGAGAUCAAGGAAUCUGUCGAGCUACCUCUUACACACCCAGAACUCUACGAGGAAAUGGGUAUCAAGCCACCAAAGGGUGUCAUUCUUUAUGGUGUACCGGGUACUGGCAAAACCCUUCUCGCCAAAGCCGUCGCCAACCAAACGUCAGCUACCUUCCUUCGAAUUGUCGGUUCCGAGCUUAUUCAGAAGUACCUCGGAGAUGGUCCUAAACUAGUAAGGAACGUCUUCCGCGUGGCUGAGGAGCAUGCACCCAGUAUUGUCUUCAUUGAUGAGAUCGACGCUAUCGGUACCAAGCGAUACGAGUCAACAUCGGGUGGUGAACGAGAAAUCCAACGUACGAUGUUGGAGCUGCUCAAUCAACUAGACGGUUUCGAUACACGAGGGGACGUCAAGGUCAUUAUGGCGACGAACAGGAUUGAGACACUUGACCCCGCUUUGAUUCGACCGGGUCGUAUUGACCGUAAGAUCGAGUUCCCAUUGCCAGACGUUAAGACCAAGCGACACAUCUUCAAGCUUCACACUUCACGUAUGAGUCUCUCAGAAGACGUUGACCUUGAAGAGUUUGUCACUACCAAGGACGAUCUUUCCGGCGCCGAUAUCAAGGCUAUCUGUACAGAGGCCGGUCUGCUUGCGCUUCGAGAACGGAGGAUGCGUGUGACGAAGGCGGACUUCACGGCGGCAAGAGAGAAGGUGCUGUACCGGAAGAAUGAGGGCACACCUGAGGGUUUGUACCUAUAGUUUAGAUCUUUAUCAACUGGUUUCGAGUGGUUGUUUCUAGCUUUCUACUUGUUUAUCGUAUGUCUGCACGCUCUGUGUAAUCCAUGCAUCUUCGAUUACUGGAAUAUUUUGAGAAAGCAUCGAUUUACACUGGCAAUCGAAAAUAGCCUGUGUAGGGGGGUUUAGAUGAAUUGAUAGGAUGUACUUACUCAGAGGAAGGAUGAAGGGGAUCUCACUGUCUUAUCAGCUGUAUUUAAUCAGAUCAACCCGACGUCACCAAAGUCUCGGCUGUUUUUAGUCUCGUACCGCGAUCAAUACACUAGUACUACAAUGACUCUC